CUCUCUCGCUCCCCCUCGCUCGCUUUUCCUUCUUUAUUCUCUCACACUCUUCCUUUCACAAUCAUGCGGUGCCGAGUCCGUGUGGAGCAAGGAGAAGCCAAUAGGAUGAGGUUUUGGUAAUAGAUGCAAAUGAUCAUGAAAAGACACUGCAAAAUAUGAAACAACUCAUUUGCGCUGAAGUAAAUCACUGAAAACUGUUUAUGAACUGGCAUCUCUUCUUGGAAAUGUAAAGCGAGAACUCUUUAAGUGGCGAUUUUUUUUUUUUUUUUUUUUUUUUUAGGGGUGGGGGGGGAAGGAAAGGAUUCAAUAUCAUGCAGGCUUAGAGUUUUGAUUAUAUCCUCCUUUUAUAUUCCUGGAAAUCACAAACUGUCGUUGCUUAGCAUCUUAGCGCUUUCUUUUUUUGCUAAUAGAUUCCCGCGGUCCGGUUUGUUGUGGGGUGAUUUUUUUUUUUUUUCCUAAAAAUAUUUUUUUUUUUUUUAUAUAUAAUUUUUUUUUCCUCUUCGCCUUCCUCCUGCAACAACAACAACACAACAACAACAACAACAACAACAAAACCUUAUUGAAAUUAAAAUGAGCUCCUAUUUUGUCAACUCACUCUUCUCCAAAUACAAAACCGGCGACUCCCUGCGCCCCAAUUAUUAUGACUGUGGCUUCGCCCAGGAUCUCGGGGGCAGACCCACCGUGGUGUACGGACCCAGCGCGGGGGGAACCUUCCAGCACCCGCCCCAAAUCCAGGAGUUCUACCACGGAGCGUCGUCGCUCUCCAGCUCCCCUUACCAACAGAAUCCCUGCGCUGUCGCUUGCCAUGGCGACCCCGGCAACUUCUACGGCUACGAGCCCCUGCAGCGGCAGAGCCUGUUCGGGGCGCAGGAGCCCGAGCUGGUGCAGUUCGCCGACUGCAAACUCGCCGCCAGCGGCCUCGGAGAGGAGGCGGAGAGCUCGGAGCAGAGCCCUUCUCCCACCCAGCUCUUCCCCUGGAUGCGACCGCAAGCAGCCGCCGGACGCAGGAGGGGGAGGCAAACCUACAGCCGCUACCAGACGCUGGAACUGGAGAAGGAAUUUCUAUUUAAUCCCUACCUGACCCGCAAACGGAGGAUCGAGGUCUCGCACGCCCUGGGAUUGACAGAGAGGCAGGUCAAAAUCUGGUUCCAGAACAGGAGGAUGAAAUGGAAAAAGGAGAACAACAAAGACAAGUUUCCCAGCAGCAAAUGCGAGCAGGAAGAACUGGAAAAACAGAAAAUGGAAAGAGCCCAGGAGGUGGACGAGGAAGGGGAAGCACAGAAGGACAAGAAAUAAUUAAAAAAAAAAAAAAGGAGUUUUGAGGACUGAAAGGCAAGCGCUGCUGGGGUGGAGGAGCCCCCGAACCCCGCGUUAAUGGCAGUGAGGGAGGGCUUGGGCUGGGGGGGGGGACACACAAAAACAAAAACAAAAAAAAAAAAAACCCAACAGCAAACCAGUAAAAACAAAGCGUAGAAAAUAGUUUAGAAAACCACAAAAAAAAAAAAAACCCUUUUAUUGCUGUAAAACCAUUUAGCUGCGAGCGCCACUUUGCAGGUUCUGCUCGGACACAAUGAGCGGGAGGCGCCGGAGCCGCCGCCGCCUCCGCCGGUUGUUAACUAGCGGUAGUGGAACGCAAUAGCUUCUGUAAAACAUGACUGUGAAAUUCUCUCUCUCUCUCUCUCUCUCUGUCUUUUCUGUCUCUUCUCUUCUUUUCCGGGGGCGGGAGGGGGGUGGGGGUGGGUUGGUUAUCAUAGCUUUCAGCGCUAGAGGAGUUAUGUGAUAUUACAAUCGUGCACUUUUUUUUUUAAUUUUUUUUUUUUUUAAUUUUAGUUCCGUUGUUUGUUUUUCCCAUUCCCAUUUCCCUUAUAUUUUUUUAAUUUUUUUUUGUGGUUUAUCUGUACGUACUGGAGGUAGCUAUUGAGAACAAGCAUCCCAACAACAUGAAACUGCCUAUUUAUGCUGUAGUUAUCUCUUCUCUCUCUUCACUUUUCCCCUCUCGUUCUUCACCUUGGUUAGGGUUAUUCUUUUUAUUAUUAUUAUUUUUUCCCCAAUUUUUCAGUGUCUCUUCUAAAAAAAAAAAAA